GUUUUUCCACCACUUGGCGUCUGUUUACGGCCGCCGAUCAACUGACCUGUAGAGUGAGGUCACGUGACAGAGGCGUCGCUGAAAACAUUGAGCCGUUCACCGCUUAGACGCCAUCAGGAGCCGUUUGACCAGAACCCGGAGGCAGAGCUCCGACUGUCGCCGCUUUGUCCCUCCGAUGGCAGAGAGAGCCGGGCGGCAUGGGGGCUAAAGAGUCGAGGAUCGGAUUCCUGUCUUAUGACGAGGCUGUCAGGAGAGUUACUGAUGUGGAGCUGAAGCGGCUGAAAGAUGCCUUCAAGAGAACCAGCGGCCUGUCGUUUUACAUGACCCAGCAGUGCUUCUACAGAGAAGUCCUGGGAGAUGGAGUUCCCCCGAAGGUUGCAGAGGUGAUCUACAGCUCAUUCGGAGGCUCCUCCAAAGGUCUGCACUUCAACAACCUGAUGGUGGGUCUGGUGCUGCUGACCAGAGGACGCGAUGAGGAGAAGGCCAAGUACCUCUUCAGCCUGUUUGCCAGCGAUCUGAGUGGAUACGCUGCCAGGGAAGAUAUCGAGGCAGUCCUGCAGGUCCUGGAUGGAGAAGUCCCCUCCUCGCUGAAGAAGUGCUUCAUAGAGAGUGACAAAGUGAACUAUGAGCGCUUCAGGAUCUGGCUCCUGCAGAACAAGGAGGCCUUCACUCUGUCGCGCUGGCUUCUCUCUGGAGGAGUGUGUGUCACGCUGACAGACGACAGCGACACGCCCACCUUCUACCAGACCCUCGCCGGCGUCACACACCUGGAGGAGUCUGACAUCAUCGACUUGGAGAAGCGCUACUGGCUGCUGAAAGCACAGUCCAGAACCGGCCGCUUUGACCUGGAAACCUUCGUCCCGCUGGUCUCUCCUCCCAUCCACGCCUCUCUGGGUGAAGGCCUUUUUCACGCCUUUGAUGAAAAUCGGGACAAUCACAUCGACUUUAAGGAGAUCUCCUGUGGGCUCUCGGCCUGCUGCAGGGGGCCAGUCGCUGAAAGGCAGAAAUUUUGCUUCAAAGUGUUCGAUGUGGACCGUGACGGGGUUCUGUCUCGAGAUGAGCUCCAUGAGAUGGUGGUUGCCUUGCUGGAGGUGUGGAAGGACAAUCGCACAGACACCAUCCCUGAGCUGCUCACCAACGUGUCGGACAUAGUGGAGGAGAUCCUGAAGAUGCACGAUACGACCAAGCUGGGUCAUUUGACCCUGGAAGAUUACCAGAUCUGGAGCGUAAAGAGCGCUUUGGCCAACGAGUUCCUAAACCUGCUCUUCCAGGUUUGCCACAUAGUGCUGGGCCUGAGGCCGGCCACUCCUGAGGAAGAAGGGCAGAUCAUCAGGGGCUGGUUGGAGAGGGAGAGCAGACACGGGCUGCAGCAAGGCCAGAACUGGUUCCUCAUCUCCAUGCUAUGGUGGCAGCAGUGGAAAGACUACGUCAAAUACGACAGUCCCCGCUGUUGUCUUCCUGUCCAGGAGCAUAACGGCAUCGUUGUGGAGCAGCCGUCCAUCCUGAGCUUCCUCAGAGCCCCGAUGGCCACAGCCACCGUGGAGCCCGCGCAUCCUGACAGACCGGGGGGGCUGGGAUCCUUUGGCCCCUCCAGCCCCUCAGAGGAGAAGUCCCCGGAUGCUGUUUCCAGUGCCUCAGAAGCAACAGAGAACGCAGCACUGAGUCCUCAGCUCGCUCCCUCAGCAGCAGAGAGCUGCUUCGCCCGUCAACACAACCUAUCGGAAAACAACAAUCAGUGCUUCUCUGCAGCCAACGGCCACCUGCCCUCCCAGCUGACGGCACAGAGACCCGGAGCCAUCGACAACCAGUCCCUGGUCACCACCGAGCCCAUAAAGGCCCCAACGUUAACCAUGGAGGGCGGUAGGCUGAGGCGCUCUCUGCAGCUGGUUCCUGGCAGAGAUUUUGAGAUGGUGCCAGAGCCGGUGUGGCGGGCCCUCUACCACUGGUACGGUGCCAACCUGAGCCUGCCUCGAUCGGUCAUCCUGGAAAGCAAGACAGGUCAAGCAGAGCUGGAGCUCUUCCCCCGCUACCUCCUCUUCCUCCGCCAGCAGCCGGCCACGCGCUCCCCCCAGUCCAACAUCUGGGUCAAUAUGGGUAUGACCAGCCUGCGAAUGUUCCCACCGUAUUUGCCCCCACCCAGAGGAAACGUUCCUUCUCCAAACGCUCCCCUCAAGAGGAUGCUGGCUUACACCGGCUGCUUCAGCCGCAUGGGCACCAUCAAGGACAUCCACCUGUACCUGUCUCAGCGGCUCCGCAUCAAGGAGGAGGACAUGAGGCUGUGGCUCUACAACAGUGAGAACUACCUCACCCUGCUGGAUGAUGAAGACCACACACUGGAGAGUCUGAAGAUCCAUGAUGAGCAGCAGCUGGUUAUUGAGGUGAGAAACAAAGACAUGAGCUGGCCGGAGGAGAUGUCCUUCAUCGCCAACAGCAGUAAAAUGGACCGACACAAAGUUCCCACUGAGAAAGGUGCGACCGGCCUCAGUAACCUUGGCAACACGUGCUUCAUGAACUCCAGCAUUCAGUGCGUGAGCAACACCAAGCCGCUGUCCGACUACUUCCUUUCAGGACGACACCUCUACGAGCUCAACAGGACCAACCCCAUCGGGAUGAGGGGCCACAUGGCCAAGUGUUACGGAGACCUGGUGAUGGAGCUGUGGAGCGGGACGCAGAAGAGCGUAGCGCCACUCAAACUCAGGUGGACGAUAGCGAAGUACGCCCCGCGUUUCAACGGCUUCCAGCAGCAGGACUCCCAGGAGCUGCUGGCGUUCCUCCUCGACGGCCUCCAUGAAGAUCUGAACCGGGUCCAUGAGAAGCCUUAUGUGGAGCUGAAGGACAGCGACGGACGGCCCGACUGGGAGGUGGCUUCUGAGGCCUGGGAGAACCACCUGCGCAGGAACCGCUCCAUUGUGGUGGAUCUGUUCCACGGUCAGCUCAAGUCGCAGGUGAAGUGUAAAACCUGCGGCCACAUCAGCGCCCGCUUUGACCCCUUCAACUUCCUGUCUCUGCCUCUGCCCAUGGACAGCUCCAUGCAUCUGGAGAUCACAGUCAUUAAACUGGACGGCUCCACGCCGGUGCGCUACGGUCUGAGGCUGAACAUGGAUGAGAAGUACACGGGGCUGAAGAAGCUGCUGAGCGAGCUGUGCGUCCUGAAGCCCGAGCAGAUCCUCCUGGCUGAGGUCCACGCUUCCAACAUCAAGAACUUCCCUCAGGACAACCAGAAGGUCCGUCUCUCUGUCAACGGCUUCCUGUGUGCGUUUGAGGUGCCGGUUCCAGGUUCGCCAACAUCUCUGAGCUCCCCGACGCUCACAGACGUCACGCCAACGGUCAACGACUCUCCUGCUAAUGGGCACCUAAUCCCUAACGGGGGGCCUGGCACGGCGGUGGCCAGCAGCCCAGAGACGCCGCUGGUCAACGGCGUUGGCAACGGACACAUCACACCUGUGCAGGAGAGCCCCUUCAUCGGGUACAUCAUCGCCAUGCACAGGAAGAUGAUGCGUACGGAGCUCUACUUCCUGUCGUCUCAGAAGAACCGGCCCAGUCUGUUUGGAAUGCCUCUCAUCGUUCCCUGCACGGUCCACACCAGUAAGAAGGACCUGUAUGACGCAGUGUGGAUCCAGGUGUCCCGCCUGGCCAGCCCGCUGCCCCCGCAGGAGGCCAGCAACCACGCCCAGGACUGCGAUGACAGCAUGGGUUACCAGUACCCCUUCACCCUCCGGGUCGUGGGGAAGGAUGGCAAUUCGUGUGCCUGGUGUCCCUGGUACAGGUUCUGUAGAGGCUGCACUGUUGAGUGUACAGAGGACAGAGCUUCUGUAGGGAACGCCUACAUCGCUGUGGACUGGGACCCCACCGCCCUGCACCUCCGCUACCAGACCUCCCAGGAGAGGAUCGUGGAGGAGCACUGCAGCGUGGAGCAGUCCCGCCGCGCUCAGGCUGAGCCCAUCAGCCUGGACAGCUGCCUGAAGGCCUUCACCAGUGAGGAGGAGCUGGGGGAGGACGAGCUCUACUACUGCUCAAAGUGUAAGACCCACCGACUGGCCACCAAGAAGCUGGACCUCUGGAGGCUGCCGCCGAUCCUGAUUGUUCACCUGAAGCGCUUCCAGUUCGUAAACGGCCGCUGGAUAAAGUCGCAGAAAAUUGUCAAAUUCCCUCGGGAGAAGUUUGACCCCAGCGCCUUCCUGGCUCCAAGGGACCUGGAGCACCGCUGCCUCCAAUCCCGCAGCGAGAGCGAGGACCUGCUGAGGGUCGGAGAAGACAACCUGUCAUCCAUCUCUGCUCCAGCUGGCUUCUGCAACCUGCCCAAAGCCUCUCCCGCCUCCAGCAGGAGAUCAGCACCUUCUCUCAGCCGGAACAGCAGCCCCUCUGGUAGCCCAAAGUCUAGCGGUCGCCGGCCGGGCCGGCUACGGCUGCCCCAGCUCGGCAGCAAGCACCGGCUGUCCAGCAGCAAGGAGAACUUAGACGGCGCGGCGUCCUCUGAAGCCGACGGAGCGCCGCAGACAGACGCAGAGGCAGGAGUCACAGCAGCAGCUGCAGGGCCCCUUUCUUCAGGCGACCCCAUGGCAUCGGAGUCGUCCUGCGGCACCGAGGCGUCCAGCAGCCACUUUGAUGUCAUCCUGGUGAACGGAGACAGCAACGGGAUGGGAUCGGACUGCAGCAUAGAGAGCAACGCGGAGCCAGAGGGUUCGCUGCUUCAGCACCGAGACAUGUGUCUGGAUCCCCUCUACAACCUCUAUGCAAUAUCAUGUCAUUCAGGAAUCAUGGGAGGAGGCCACUAUGUGACGUACGCCAAGAACCCCAACGACAAGUGGUACUGUUACAAUGACAGCAGCUGCAAGGAAGUCCAUUCUGAGGAGAUCGACACAGACUCCGCCUACAUCCUGUUCUACGAGCAGCAAGGAGUCGACUACUCCCAGUUCCUGCCCAAGAUUGACGGCAAAAAGAUGGCCGACACCAGUAGCAUGGAUGAGGACUUUGAGUCUGACUAUAAGAAGUACUGCGUCCUCCAGUGAGCGCGUUCUCUCCGUCAGCACUGAAUCCGCGCCUGCUUUCAGCGCCGGCCGCCAACGGCUACCAGCCGGCGGUUCUGUCUGCCUAUAGGGAGGCAUCGCAGCACUUUUUACUCAGCCCAGAAUCUAGCUUAGUCAGACCCCCCCCUUAAAUCUGCAUUUGUGUAUUUUUGCCAUAAUAAACCUGAUGUAUGCAGAUGUGGCCAGAUGAUGAUGAUGAUGAUGAUGAUGUUUGUGACCUGAGAGGAGGAAGAAGACGACGGGCUCCGGGUUUGAAGGCUGAUGAUUGGAUCCAGAAGAAGAUGGAAACGCCACCAUGUCUGCUGGUGUCACAUUUGGCGGCAAACUGGUUCCUGAUCCGGAGCGUUGGGAACCGGGAGCUGCUUUUCACAGCGAUGAUGAGUCAUCAGGGUAAAGGUCACAUGCUACCUCAUCGCCUCCCAUCACACCGCAGCUGGAGCCUCUCAAACAGUGUUAACGACAAACAUUGGGGUCCUUCCAUUGUAGGAGAGACCAGGUACUGACAUUUCAGACCCCCCCCCCCCCCCGUAGUUUAAUCCCAGAGCUGCCAAAUCUGAGCGGUGGUUUGGAAGCUGGUUUGAUUUUGGAAAGGUGCCAUGAUUUCAGAAAUAAUAACUUAAAUGUGUUCGGUAUUCGUUCCUGACUUUUUUUGUGUGUUUUAUAAGAUUAGUUUUAUUUUUGUAAACAGAAUAUUUCUGUUAAGGCAGAUCUUUUUAGAUCAGGCAUAUCUGAGGCCACGCCUACAGGAAGUGGGCUUCUCUUUGCACCUUAGGUCCCUGCUGUCACUUUACACCACUUUGAUCACUAAAUCCUCAAACCUGGAACAUUUAGGCCGAAAACGUUAAGCUGCCAAAGAUUUUAUCCGUGCUUUUAUUGUUCUCCAUUGGAAACGUUUAGCAGCGAAACCUUCCUGAUGCUGAGGUGACGCCAUGCAGGAGAGACGCGUCCUGCAGUAAACGAACGAUUGUUGGGAGGUUUCCGUUUAGCAUCGGGAUGCAGAACAAACCUUCUACGGCUCAUUAAUCCCAUUUCAAAUAAUCUGAGAUGUUCAGAUGAAUGGUUGACCUGCCGUCAGCGUGCCGAUGAGCUCCCACUUCAUCCUUUCUUUCUCUCUUUGACUCAAGCAGGAAGUCGUCUUAAAUAGCAGCUGGUUGCCUGCUAGUUGCCCCCCCCCCCUGAAGCCGGCUGUGGUACAGUCUGGCAGCAGGUGAUCUCUGUCAGGAUGAAGCUCCCUGCGUCAUUUCAAGUGAGUGUGAGCAAAAAGCUGAAAUGCUUCCUGCUCGGAUUCUGAUGGAUUUUUCUGUGCGCCCCCCCCUCCCGCGGUUUGAAUUAUUCUGGAUGUAUUUGGUUGAGCUUGUGUGUUUUGAACAUGUGCUGAAAGCUGCUGCUCCUCCGCCGCUCUGCCUUUACGCUGAGCUGAUGAUGACCUCCGCUGUGAAGCGUCACUCGCUCAGAUCUGAUCAGAUGAAAACCCAUUUUCUGCCGUAGCGUUCGUCUCCCGGCUCCAAGCGCGUCGGCUGUUUGUUCUUCUCCCUCCUGUAGCUCAAACCUCGUUAGUUUCAGCACAACCUUCAGACACCGAACGACGAGCCUAGCAGCCGGCGCCCCCCUCCCUGGAUAAGCAUGUUGGCAGGCGGGGCGAUCUACUACUGAACUGUCUGUGUUUGUAGCCUCUUUUUAUUUAAGGUCCGUGUGGUCGGAUCAGAACCCGACUCAUUAAUUUAAUGAACUUUUUGUAAGGUGUUUGUUGAAACAAAAUGACAUUGCACUGACAUGAAAACGUGUACAUAAAGUGUUUUUUGUAAAUACGCCAAUGAAAACUGUGUAUUUGAAUAUGACCUGUACAAAAUAUUGUACCUGUAGUUGUAUAUGGAGUGAAACUGUUGAUCUGUAACAGAAUAACCUUCAAAUUAAACUCUGCUGAUGAAACAUCAAA